AUGGAUUGGUUGAAUGACCCAAAUUCUUAUGCCAACAACAUUGGAUUGUGUGGAAUGCAAUUUGAAGUAUCAUGUGGGAAGUUGCCUUCUGAACCAAAGCUAAAAGAUGGAAAGCUCAAGAAAAGCAAGAGUUGGGAGACAUGGUUUUCAUGGGAAAUGGCAGUGAUUGGAUAUCCUUCUAGCUUUUUGUCAACAGUUUUCGUUAUGUAUGUCAUUGGCUACUUUAAUAUUAUACCACAGCCAAAUGUUCCAGACUUGUCAAUUUUUUCAAGAUUAAGUUCUUGCAUUGCCACUUUUACUGUUGCUCCUACCAUUCUUGAUGUUGGACAGCUUGCAAGGCUGGUUAUCCAGGCUAGAUUUGGGAUUAUUACUAAGGCAACUGCUGAUGGUGCACUUCACACUCGAGACUGGGAUACUGAGCCUCUUUUUCCAUUACCGGACCCUGAUUUUGCCAACAAGGAGUAUCCUUUAAUUGGGAAUUCUGAGAGCAAGGUUGAUGCUUUCAGUGACCUCAAGUUCUCUUUAUCGGAGCAGAAAACUCUGAGUAAGGGUUCCCAGAGGCCACUCAAGAAGCAGCGUAUUGCUGAUGCUUUUAAUAGUGCCGAAAAUGGCAAUGCAUCAAGUGAUAGUGAUAAGGAACAAAGUUUAGCAGCUUAUUAUUCUGGUGCAAUAGCGCUUGCAAAUUCACCUGAGGAAAAAAAGAAACGUGAAAAUCGCUCUAAGCGUUUUGAAAAAGUACAAGGGCAUCAAUCAGAAAUUAAUUACUUCAAACCAAAAAAUGCUGGAGCUGGAAACCUGUACAGUAAACGGGCUAGUGCCUUGAUGCUUUGCAAAAACUUUGAUGAUGGUGGAAGCAGGGCUGUUGAAGACAUUGACUGGGAUGCACUAACUGUUAAAGGGACCUGCCAGGAAAUUGAGAAACGUUAUUUGCGACUCACUUCUGCACCUGAUCCUUCCAUUGUGAGACCAGAAGAAGUGCUAGAGAAAGCUCUGCUUAUGGUUCAAAUUUCUCAGAAGAACUACCUUUAUAAAUGUGAUCAAUUGAAGUCUAUUCGCCAAGAUCUAACCGUACAACGAAUAAAAAAUCAGCUAACAGUUAAGGUGUAUGAAACUCAUGCUCGGUUAGCAAUGGAAGUAGGGGACUUGCCUGAGUAUAAUCAGGUUGGUGGGUUUGUGCUAUGGCUGAAAACCAUUUUAUUCUCUUUCAACUUCUGUAUUGAUGCAUUGCUCAUGCAUCCAUGA